AUGAUAGAUAAAUUACCUAUUCAUUUAAAGAAGAAUAUAUUGUCGGAUUUAGUUGAUGAUAUUCAAUCAUCAUUCAGUCAUAGCACAUGGAGCAAUAGAAUUCUGGAUUUUGCGCUGGUCAAUCAUGACCUAUUCAAUACGGUUUCCAAUAUAAUCAAAUGUUGGUUCCACUCAGAAGAUGGUUAUGAUCAAACACUCAGUACCAAUAUAUGCUAUAUACCAAAUGAUUUACAGAAAUCUAAGAAAACAACAAUAACAACAGCAAAUCAACCAUACCGUUUGGUUAAAAAUGAGAAUAUCAUUACUUUGGAAUCAAACUUACCGAAACCAAUACUCCGAUCGAUCUAUCCAAACUACCGGUACUUGGUGAUACCCUAUAUAAGUGCUCUCAGUGUGAGUAUUAUUAUGUUUGUCGAAACCAACGAUAGUAGUAUCGAAGGCUUGACAAUAAAAACAUUGUUUUUCGAUAAUAGCAUAUCACUAGAUAAUCAAUUGCUUAAGUACUACCGAAACAAUGAAUACAAUGUUAGAUCAAGAGUUAUCGUUGAGAGAAUUCAAAUCGAUCAAUCGAUUCCGGCAUUUGACUUUGCAGUUGCAUUCAAUCCAAAGAGUUAUUCAUUGAACCACUGUUUUUUGGAGUGCCUUCAGAAAACAAAGUCAACCAGUGCAUGCAACAAUACACAAUCACUUGCAAUAGUCGAUGACGAACUUCAUCCAGGCUUCUUUAUUGAUCUCCAACGAUUUCCAUCACUCAGAUAUCUAGCUUAUGCAAAGUGUUUCCAAGAUUUGCUAAAGAGUCAUGUGAUUAAACCGACGACAACAGCAACAACAAAAGAUGGUCGCUCACUACUUAGACAAUGGGAGUUCAGUAUCACUACGAUCAAGUUGUUCUUCUGGAAGGGUCUACCAGGCAACACUCUCGAUCUACUCUUUGAGAGUUACACCGACUAUCGACACCUUCGAAACAUUCAUAUCAUGUCGAGUGCCAAAGACCAAGGUCUAUCGAUACUCAAAUUCAUUGAAUCGAUACCGUCACUCGAUUCAUUUUACUUUGCAAUUCCUUUUGACUUGGCAGCUAAACUAUUCGAAACAUUCAAACGUAUUCACUCGAUCCACAACAGCCACUACCCAAAAAUAAGUGCGCUACCUAAAUUCGUCAACCUCUGUGAUUACCAAAUCGAUAUUAAAUUCAGACAACACAAACUUUACAACCAAAACUAUCCAAUUAUAUUCGAAUCAAUUUAUGACCAUAUUGAUUAA